ACUAGUAGUCUCGUCUCAUACUCCUCUGGUGUUCGUCAUUUUGAUGAUGCCUCUGAGCCGCCUGUUUUAUAAAUGCUAUCGAGUAUCAUGUAGCUUUUUUGAAGGCAGUUUUUAAAUAAGUACCUCACUAAACAGCUUGUCGGACGGGCUGCAUUUCCAGGACAACUAACUUUUUAUUUCUUUCAAUACACACUUUCAACAAUACCUCUCAUCAACUGAACCAACUGCUAGAUGAAGGGCUUCUUGUAGAAGUGGUGCUGAAAAGAGCGUUAAAGUAGAGUAUACAAGCAGGGUGUGAGGGUGGCUCUAUGCUCAGAUUUAUUAUAGCCAUAUUGGGAGACAAGGGUGAGAUCGGAGCUCAAAACAGGUGGUGAUAUGCUAGGGACAAUUCGUGUGUCGCAAGAAAUACCAGAAAAAAGGGUAAUGUUUUCACCUUUUGUGCCCUUGCAAUGAGGUGUGCAGAGGAAUUGGAGGCUUCGAAAGGGACCGAGGUGCAGUAUCUUUGGCUGCAUACCUGUCACAGGUUAUAUAGAAAUAUAGAGGUGUGGUUAACUGUGAGAAUCUCAGUUCACUGCACUCCAACUCUUUCGUCUUCGUUUUCUUCGUCGCCAUCCUCCUGUCUACAGAAUUAUCCUACAUCUAAGAGAUCGAUCCAUACAGUGCUCUCUCCACGUACGAGUGUUUUCAUCCUGCAUAGCUCGGAGUCCGGAGUUGUUGAUGGGCUUAAUGAAUCUACUAUUCUUUAGGAACAGUUUCGUUCCAACAGGCGUAUAUCUAGAGGGUUAGCAUGUAAAUAAGUAGAGCACUUCACUUGAAAACCUGUCGGACAAG